AUGAACGCUGGUUUUAACCUGAUGCUGGCUUGGAAAACCAGACUGCACUCCGGAGUCCCACUCAGGGAGUGUAAGGACUUUUGGGAGAAUAAAUUUGGUGACCUUAACGAGGUUCCUUGGGUGACCUUCCGAAAGGCGUUCCUGGAGGAAUACGACGACCAGCUGACGGAGAAAUUCUCGAAAGAGAAGAUUGAUUGGUUGACGAAUCUCCUGUACGGUGACAUUUUGCUGAUGCGUAAUAUCAUUACCAAGCACACAUAUGAGACGUUCUGCUGCCAUGAUCCGAACGAGCCUCGGGAUCCAGAUCGCUUCUUCAGCAGGUUACUCUCAUACGCGAAGGGCACCAUCGCCAUGAGAGGGGUAUUCAACAUGGAGAGUACUGUGCGCUUGGAUGCUAUACAAAAGCUAGGGCAAUUCAAGACGCAGUCAGUCAUUGCAGUUUUGUUGGACUUGUCCAAUGAUAACGAUGCUAAUGUGAGAGCCGUUGCAGCUAUUUCCUUAGGGAAAACGGGUAUAAAGAGCAGACGAGUGUCCCAGAGGAUGCUGAAAAUGCUGUCUGAUCCGGAUCGCUUGGUGAGAGAGGCUGCCUGCAUAUCCCUGGGUCGCAUGCAGAUUGAGUCGGCAGUACCCAAUAUUGUACAAGUCUGGAGGAAGGACAUCAUCUCUCAUGUGAGGGCAGCAGCCGAGGUAGCUCUUCGUUUGAUCGAUUCAGACCGUGCCAGGCAGGCUAUUCAGAUGACUGAGGUUAUCAGCUCAGAGAUUCACAAAUUGACCUUUGACUGAAAUCUCCCCUCCGACUUUUAUGGUUGUUUGUUUGUUUGUUUGUUGGGUGUUGGGUUUUUGUUUGUUUGGAUGAUCUUCUCUUCGGAUGAACUUGUCAAACUCCCACAAGGGGAUAUAAACACUAAGCUGGCAAUAGACCUUUAUUACUCCAUUCCAACUCAUUGUAACCAA